GCAUUGGGAACAAUGAAAUUUUCUUAUGUAUACCCAGACCCAGAGUGUCGCUCCUUAUGUGCCGCUCUUGCUUCAGAUUCUGGUCUCAAACUUGAUUAUAUUCUUGCUGGAUGUGGAGCUGAUGAGUUAAUUGACUUAAUCAUGAGAUGUGUGCUUGAUCACAGUGAUAGGAUUGUUGACUGCCCUCCUACAUUUACGAUGUAUGAGUUCGAUGCAGCGGUAAAUGGUGUUUUAGUUAUUAAGGUUCCAAGACUCUCAAAUUUCAGUUUGGAUAUCCCCCGUAUUAUUGAAGUUGUCAAACAGGAAAAACCAAAAUGCAUUUUCCUGACUUCUCCAAAUAAUCCGGAUGGGAGUAUAAUUCAUGAUGAAGAUCUUCUAAAGAUUCUGAACUUGCCUAUUUUGGUUGUACUGGAUGAGGCAUACAUUGAAUUCUCUGGUCUUCAAUCAAGGAUGAAUUGGGUAAAGAAGCACGAUAACUUGAUUUUUCUCCGUACAUUUAGCAAAAGAGCAGGUUUAGCUCGACUUUGUGUUGGUUAUGGAGCUUUUCCUCUCAGCAUUAUUCAAUAUGUAUGGCGGGCGAAGCAACCAUACAAUGUAUCUGUGGCAGCAACAAUUUCUGCAUGUGCCGCUUUGCAGAAUCCUGGUUAUCUGGAGAGAGUAAAGAAUUUACUUGUGCAAGAAAGGGAAAGGUUGUUUGCUCUUUUGAAAGAAGUGCCAUAUCUUAAGCCAUUUCCAAGUUUCUCCAACUUUAUUCUUUGUUAGGUUACUUCUGGAAAGGAUGCUAAGAAGCUGAAGGAAGAUCUUGCAAAUAUGGCAGUGAUGAUUAGGUACUACAAUAACAAAGAACUGAGAGGCUAUGUUCGGAUCUCCGUUGGAAUGCCUAAGCACACAGAUUCACUGAUGAAAUGCAUCCAAAUAUGCAUUUAA